AGACAAAAUGUUGCUAUAUAAAAAUAAAAUAUCAUUUUGCGUUGGACAUAUUUCUCUUCUCAUCAUCAGCGUUAGUGUAGUUGAUGGCUGGCAUCAACGUAGAUAUGGAGCAUGUGAUAGUUGAAUCUCAAGAAAUGGAGAAAGAAGAAGAAGAAGUAAAGCCUCAAAAGACAAAGCGAGUUGCUUCCCUUGAUAUUUUCAGAGGCCUCACUGUUGCACUGAUGGUCUUGGUUGAUGAUGCGGGAGGAGAAUGGCCUAUGAUCGGGCAUGCACCAUGGAACGGUUGCAAUCUUGCAGAUUUUGUGAUGCCAUUCUUUCUGUUUAUUGUGGGAAUGGCCAUAGCACUUGCUCUGAAGAGAAUACCAGAAAAGCUAGUGGCCAUCAGAAAGGUGAUUCUAAGGACACUCAAACUUCUAUUUUGGGGCCUCCUUUUACAAGGGGGCUAUUUCCAUGAUCUUGACAAGCUAAAAUAUGGUGUUGACAUGAAUAGGAUAAGGUUGUGUGGCAUCCUCCAGAGAAUUGCUCUCGCUUACUUGGUAGUGGCAGUAAUAGAAAUAACAACAAGACAAGCCCAAUCCAAAGAACUACCAACGGGAUGGUUCUCCAUUUUUAAGUUAUACAGCUGGCAAUGGGUUAUUGGAGCAUGUGUUUUAGUAGUUUACUUGGCCACAUUAUAUGGAACAUACGUUCCUGACUGGAAUUUUGUUGUCCAGAACCCGGACAGUGUUGAUUUUGGGAAGACUUUAACCGUAACUUGCAAUGUGAGAGGAAAUCUUGAUCCUCCUUGCAAUGCAGUGGGUUAUAUUGACAGAUGGAUACUUGGAAUCAAUCACAUGUAUCCACGUCCGGCUUGGAAGAGAUCCAAGGCAUGCACUAAAAAUUCUCCAUAUGAGGGACCUUUCAAGGAUGAUGCUCCAUCAUGGUGUUGGGCACCUUUUGAACCUGAAGGAAUUCUGAGCUCAAUUUCUGCUAUUCUCUCUACGGUCCUUGGAGUUCAAUUUGGACAUGUCCUUAUCCAUAUGAAGGAUCACUCGUCCAGACUUUUGCAUUGGAUUUGCAUGGGCAUAGCUCUUUUAGUUUUAGGAAUUAUUCUCCACUUCACAGAUGCUAUUCCUUUAAAUAAGCAAUUAUACACCUUCAGCUAUGUCUGUGUAACCUCAGGAGCAGCCGCGUUAGUGUUCUCUGGUUUCUACAUUCUGGUUGACAUUUUGAACUUGAAGUACCUAUUUCUACCACUAGAAUGGAUUGGUAUGAAUGCCAUGCUUGUUUAUGUAAUGGCUGCCUCAGGAAUAUUUGCAGGUUUUAUCAACGGCUGGUAUUAUGAGGACCCUCAUAACACACUGAUAUAUUGGAUAAAGAAGCACAUUUUCAUUGGAGUGUGGCAUUCAACAAGAGUGGGAACUCUCCUUUAUGUCAUCUUUGCUGAGAUAUUGUUUUGGGCUAUUGUUGCUGGCCUACUUCAUCGAUUAGGCAUAUAUUGGAAGCUUUAGUUGUGACGAAAUUUGCAUCUUUUGCUUGCUUAUUACUAUACAUUGUACUUGAAACUAGAAAGAGCUUCAUCUAGUCAUGGACCAAAUGAACAAUACAGAUAUCAUUGGUUUUUCUUGCUUGUAGUUGUAAGAAAGCUAUUUCUUCAUAGUGGAAUCAUCAUAUUAAAUCUUCAAUUUUA